UUUCCUCUCUAUUUUACUAUUAUUGUUAGCAAACAGAAAGAUAAUUGUAUUAGUAAGAUAUGAAUACAUCUGAAGGUAUACAGCGGGAAAUAAUACAAAUUUCGCAUAAAAGAAAAAGGAAAGUAUUGAAUAGUAGUUUCUCUAAAAUUUUAGUAUGCAAAAAUGAUUCCCACAGUAUUAUUCUGUUUUCAAUAAUUUUCGUGCGGUUGAUUCAUAGUCACCCUAUCUCUGGUGAUGCUUUAAUGCAACGAAAAUGAAUACAGAAGCGUUAGAAGACUGUCUUGGUAAUAGGCAUUCAAUGAAACCAAUCUCUGAAGUGGAAAAAUGUAAAUUUCGGACGCCGAAAAUUGCUUUAAUUACGGGGAUAUCCGGACAGGAUGGUUCUUACCUUGCCGAAUUACUGUUAUCGAAGGGUUAUGAAGUACAUGGAAUUAUUCGGCGAUCGUCAUCCUUCAACACAUCCCGGAUCGAGCAUUUGUAUUCAAAUCCAGUAACUCAUCAUGCUGAUUCCAGCUUCACACUUCAUUAUGGUGACAUGACGGAUUCAUCCUGUCUGAUUAAACUUGUCAGUCAGAUCCAACCAACAGAAGUGUAUCACCUAGCUGCUCAAAGUCAUGUCAAGGUAUCCUUUGACUUGCCAGAAUACACAGCUGAAGUUGACGCUGUCGGGACAUUGCGUCUACUAGAUUCCAUUCAUGCUUGUGGUUUAACUAACAAAGUAAGGUUCUACCAAGCCUCAACAUCUGAAUUGUAUGGUAAAGUACAAGAAGUGCCUCAAAAAGAAACCACACCCUUCUAUCCUCGUUCACCUUAUGCUGCCGCGAAGCUUUAUAGCUAUUGGAUUGUGGUCAAUUACCGUGAAGCAUAUAACAUGUUUGCUUGCAAUGGAAUUUUAUUCAAUCAUGAAAGUCCACGACGAGGCGAGACGUUUGUUACACGAAAGAUCACGAGAGCAGUUGCAAAAAUUGCCUUAGGGCAGCAAGAAAUACUGGAACUGGGGAAUUUGAGCUCCAGUCGUGAUUGGGGACAUGCCAAAGAGUAUGUCGAGGCCAUGUGGAAAAUACUGCAAUAUGACCAACCCGAUGAUUUUGUAAUUGCAACAGGGAAGAGCUACACUGUUCGCCGUUUUGCCGAACUUGCUUUCGAGGAAAUUGGAAAAACAAUAAUUUGGGAAGGUGAAGGAGUGCAUGAAGUUGGGAAAGAAAAAGACACUGGUAUUAUUCGGGUCCGAGUCAGUCCGAAAUAUUACAGACCAACGGAGGUAGACCUACUCAUAGGCGAUCCCACAAAAGCGAAACAAAAACUCAAUUGGGAGGCAAAAAUUACACUUGAGGAGCUCGUCAAGGAAAUGGUGGCAAGCGAUUUGCAACUCAUGAAAUCAAACCCGAUGGCCUAAAAAAGAUGAAUCCUUAAUAAAAUUAUUCAUUCUCAUGCACAUAUAUACGAACAUAUACAUAUGUGCACAUAAACAGCAGCCAAUCUGUUAUCUCCCUUUCAUCUCCUUAAAUUUGAAAAGACUCUUCAGCUGUUAUGAAAAAUUUACAAACCAGUUAAUGUAUGUGUGAUUAUUCAUCAGUAAUUUAUAUGAUUAUA